GUGUGCACCCCCAUGCCCGGCUAAUUUUUGUAUUUUAAGUAGAGACGGGGUUUCACCAUAUUGGUCAGGCUGGUCUUGAACUCCUGACCUCAAGUGGUCCACCCGCCUUGGCCUCCCAAAGUGCUAGAAUUACAGGCGUGAGCCACUGUACCCGUCGCCUUCAGGUACUUUUCACCCAACCCCCUCCCUGGCUGGGGGUGCGGAGGUCGAGAGAGAAGUCACUUGCCCUGUCUCUACCUUGUAGUGGUUCUCAGGGUUGGGGUGAGACUUGGUGUGGGGACUGGGAUGCAUCUCUGUUCUGUGGCCCUGGUCGCGUUCGCACGUUCUCCCUGGGCCUGUCAGCUGGCGCCAAAUGAGCUCAGGUGGGGGGGUGGAGGUUCCCGGUCAAACUCCGUCGGGCUCCGCGGCCCCGCCCCUCCUCCAGGCGGGCCCUUCUAGAUGGCGCGGGGCGGGCCCUGCGGGCGCGGGGCUAAAGGCGGAACCACGGCGGGAAGAGGGGACGGAGCCGGGAAGCCCCUGGGCGCCCGUCGGAGGGCCUAGCGCGGCGCGGAGGGCCAUGGAGCAGCGGCCACGGGGCUGCGUGACGGCGGCGGUGGCUGCGGUGAGUUGAGGCGCAGGAGGCGAGGGGCAGCUUUGAGUCUUGUCCCAAGAGCCUCGACGAAGGAAGGAAGGGGCCUCCCCAGGCGCGACUGACUCCACUGCAAGCCUCGCUGGGGGCUGGGCUGGCCGCCCCUUCCGACCUAGUUGGAGGCUCCGCCAGGGCGAGGCCCUUCCACUGAGAGGAAACCCCUCCCAGGGGGUCUGAGGGCCCCAGGCAGAGAAUCAUCAGUGUUCCUCCCCAGCAGAAAGCAUGGGUAGGGGUGGGGGCGCUGCCGGGUCCCUGCCCUGGUGGCGGAAAACUUGUGCGGGACUGGCAAGAGCCCCCUCCUCUGCCCCUCCCAAGCCCAGUGUGUGCACAGGAGAAGGAAGUUAGUCCCAUCUCCACCCUGGGCACCCCUUCUGCCCGGGGCCUGGGAAGUGGGGUGCUCUGUGGACAAAUGCUGGGGCCUCUGAAACGGAGGAGAUGUGGCAGGGAGAGGCCCCACGUGGGCAGCUGCGCAGAGAGUCAGCAGCACCUGUCCCCCAGGCGCUCCUCUUGGUGCUGCUGGUGCCCCAGGCCCAGGGUGGCACUCGUAGCCCCAGGUGUGACUGUGCCGGUGACUUCUACAAGAAGAUUGGUCUGUUUUGUUGCAGGGGCUGCCCAGCGGGGUACUACCUGAAGGCCCCCUGCACGGAGCCCUGCGGGAACUCUACCUGCCUUCCGUGUCCUCGAGACAGCUUCUUGGCCUGGGAGAACCACCAUAAUUCUGAAUGUGCCCGCUGCCAAGUCUGUGAUGAGCAGGCCUCCCAGGUGGCCCUGGAGAACUGUUCUGCAGUGGCAGACACCCAUUGUGGCUGUAAGCCAGGCUGGUUUAUGGAGUGCCAGGUCAGCCAGUGUAUCAGCAGCUCACCCUUCUACUGCCGACCCUGCCUAGACUGCAGGGCCCUGCACCGCCACACGAGGCCACUCUGUUCCCGCUAUGAUACUGACUGUGGGACCUGCCUGCCCGGCUUCUAUGAACACCGUGAUGCCUGCGUGUCCUGCCCCACGAGCACCCUGGGGAGCUGUCCAGAGCGCUGUGCCACUGUCUGUGGCUGGAGGCAGAUGUUCUGGGUCCAGGUGCUCCUGGCUGGCCUUGUGUUCCCCCUCCUGCUUGGGGCCACCCUGACCUACACUUACCGCCACUGCUGGCCUCACAAGCCCAGGGUUACUGCAGAUGAAGCUGGGAUGGAGGCUCUGACCCCACCACUGGCCACCCAUCUGUCACCCUUGGACAGUGCCCACACCCUUCUAGUGCCUUCUGACAGCAGUGAGAAGAUCGGCACCGUUCAGUUGGUGGGCAACGGCUGGACCCCUGGCUGCCCCCAGUCCCAGGAGGUCCUCUGCCCGCAGGUGACAUGGUCCUGGGACCAGUUGCCCAACAGAGCUCUUGGCCCCGCUCCUGUGCCCACGCUCUCGCCAGAGUCCUCAGCGGGCUCGCCAGCAGUAAUGCUGCAGCCCGGCCCGCAGCUCUACGACGUGAUGGAUGCGGUCCCCGCCCGGCGCUGGAAGGAGUUCGUGCGCACGCUGGGGCUGCGUGAGGCGGAGAUCGAAGCCGUGGAGGUGGAGAUCGGCCGCUUCCGAGACCAGCAGUACGAGAUGCUCAAGCGCUGGCGCCAGCAGCAGCCCGCGGGCCUGGGCGCCGUCUACGCGGCCCUGGAGCGCAUGGGGCUGGACGGCUGUGCAGAGGACUUGCGCAGCCGCCUGCAGCGCGGCCCGUGACACAGCGCCCACUCGCCACCCAGGCGCUCUGGUGGCCCUUGCAGAAGCCCUAAGUACGGUUACUUAUGAGUGUAGACAUUUUAUGUCACUUAGUAAGCCACUGGCACGGCCCUGCGUAGCAGCACCAGCCGGCCCCUCCCCUGCUCGCCCCUAUCGCUCCAGCCAAGGUGAAGAAGCACGGACCAAUGUCGAGAGGGGGUCAAGAAAUUUCUGUUUCUUGGCCAGAGUUCGGCUGAAAUUGUGGUAUUAAAUCUGUGGAAAAAAAAAAA